GAGUUGAUACCACCAGUUAGGAUUUCUAAAGAAACUGAUAGAUGGAAAAGAAUUCGACGUGAUGAUGAUAAUGAUGAUGAAACUAAUGAAGAUAUCGAAACACUUUAUUCAAAUGUUAUGCAACAUGUUAUGAAAAAUUACGUGAAUUUGACAUAUCAAACAAUAGUUGAUACAAUGCUUGACAUAAAAUGUUGUGCUCGAUGUAUAUUCAGAUUCUUGGGAAUACGAGAUUACAAAUGUUAUGCGAAGUCUGAAGAAGUAUUACUUAAAAUUUUAAAUCGAAUUCGUUCAACUUUACAAGAAGAUUCUCAACAUCCAUCAACAAAUAUCCUUUUAUCUAAAACACAAGAUAAACCGAUUUGUACAACAUGUUUUGAUUUAAUUUAUCAAGCUGAUACAUUAGAAUGUUUAUGGCCAAUAAUUGAAAGUUUUAAUUCACAUAAUUUUCAAGUUAAAACUUUUAAUUUAUCAAUUACUUUACCUUCCGGUAUAAUAAUUAAUAAUCAUUCUGUUAAAGUUUAUAUUAGACAAAAAUUCAGGGAAAGAAAUUUAACUGUUGAUUUAAGUAAUGUAAUAGAUUUAAAAGAACCUUUUAAAUAUUUAUUAGGAUGGUCAAUUGAAAAAGAAUUAGAUUUAAAUCAUAGUUUUCAAAGUCCUUUUAUUAUUUCUAUAGAAUAUUAUCAUGGAAUCACUCAACAAAAUCAUUUAAUACUUACUAGAAUACCAUCAGCUGAAUUUAAAUUAAAAAAAGUUAGAAUGAAAGGAAAAGCUGUAUGGACAGGAGAUUCAAGAAAUAAUAUUAUUGCAGCUUUAGAAAAAGUUCCGGAUUCUGAUUUUAUAAGUAUAGGAAAUUGUCCACCAUUGGAAGAAAAGGAAAGAUGGAAAAAUUAUUUUCCAAUAUUAGAACAUUCGGCUGUAUAUGUUGGGGGAAGAUAUAUAAAAUUAUCAAGAGAAAUAAGUCAAUCACCUUGGAUUAUAAAUGGUGAAAGAUUAGCUAAAACUUCUGUUUCAGAAUGUAGCGGAGAAAUUUUAAGAGAAAAAUUUAGAUGUGAUGAUUAUAAUUUUGUAGCAGCUGGUAGAGAAGAUGUUAAUGUUAGAAUGUUAGGUAAUGGUAGACCUUUUUAUUUUGAAAUAAUAAAUCCAAGGAAACCUUUUCUUUCCCAGCAAGAAUUAGAUGAUGCACAAAAAGAAAUCAAUGAAACUCAAAAAGAUUUAAUACAAAUAAAUCACUUGACUAUGGUUACUGAACGAGAUUUAGUUAUAAUCAAAGAAGGAGAAGAGACAAAAAGAAAAACGUAUAGCGCACUUAUAUGGAUAUCAAAAAUUGUUACUCCAGAGAUUAUUGAUAAGAUUAAUCAAUAUCAAGAUAAGGAACUUACCAUUCAACAACAAACACCAAUUAGAGUUCUUCAAAGACGAGCACAAAUGAUUCGACCUAAAAUAAUAUAUUCAAUGAAAGCGGAAGCAUUAGAAAAUCAUUUUCUGACUAUGCAACUUCAAACUGAAGCUGGAACAUAUAUUAAAGAAUUUAUUCAUGGAGAUUUAGGUAGAACUAAACCUAGUUUAGGAGAUUUACUUGAUUGUUAUGCUGACAUUUUAGCUUUAGAUGUUUUAGAAGUUGACUUAAAAUGGCCUCCUAAUAAUAAUUAGUGAUUUAGUGGUGAAUAUUCGUGUUAUAAAGUGUUGAUCACAGCAUGUAAAAAAAAAACCAAAAAAAGCAAUAAACCACGCGAUCAGCUACUAAAGUCAUAAUUUUCGACAACGAGUAAAAUUAUAUUAUAUAAAAUAUGAUAGUUUAAUAAAUGAAUAUUCUGCAGAUCAUACUUAAUAAUAUGCGUCGAAGUUUAAUCGUUUCUAUUUUUGUAAUUUUGUAGUAACGGAAAGCUGCAAGAACCCCAAUUUUUGAUUAUCUUGAAAAGG